CCGCCAGUGGCAAAAAAACAGCUGUGGUGAGCUAAAGCUAGUUAGCGUCGAGUGUGUUUGUGUCAGCGGUUUGAGUCGUUGUCUGAACGGGAAAACCUAGUCCAUUUUAAACCAGGAGUGACCGACUUGUUGUCUGUCAACUCUUCAAACGAUGAAGUUUCAGUACAAAGAGGAGCAUCCAUUCGAGAAGAGGCGGUCCGAGGGCGAGAAAAUAAGGAAGAAGUACCCGGACAGGGUCCCAGUCAUUGUGGAAAAGGCUCCUAAAGCCAGAAUAGGAGAUCUGGAUAAGAAGAAGUACCUUGUCCCCUCUGACUUGACAGUGGGCCAGUUUUACUUCUUAAUCCGGAAAAGAAUCCACUUGCGAGCUGAGGAUGCCCUCUUCUUCUUUGUAAACAAUGUCAUUCCACCCACCUCAGCCACCAUGGGCCUGUUGUACCAGGAGCAUCACGAAGAGGACUUUUUCCUCUACAUUGCCUACAGUGAUGAGAGCGUGUACGGGAGCAGCCAAAGGGAAAUCUGAUCUCCUCCUUACCACCACUUUCCCAUCUUUCUGAGACCUCCAUCGUUCAUUCAUUUAAAUAUUAAAUAUUAAAUCCAGCUCUGCAGCCUAGACAUCCCAGAGUAAACAUGUCAACUGCA